UCAGUAGGAGUGCUCAGGAGUCCUCAUCUCCUCUCCAUUCACCACCAGCGAAGAAGUUUGAAAAUGGCGGCGGUUUGAGCUCAGCUGUCAAAAUGUCUCUGUUCGUGACUCUGAGUUUAGGUGACUUGUUCCACCUGUAGCCUGAACACCUGCUGAAAAGAUGGAGCCCAAUGCAGGCGAUGGAGGGGCUGAUAGCAAUGGGGGUCAGAACGUGCUGCUCUCCAGAAUUGCCCUCAACGACAACAAGGCUGGUAUGGAGGGCCUCGACAGGGACAAAAUCAACAAGAUCAUCCUCGAGACAUCCAAGGGCUCCAGAUUCUAUGAAAAUGAGCUAAAAAAGGAGCGACAGGUGAACGAGCGCAUUGAGAAGAUGUUGCGGCAUAAAGCUAAGGUCACAGAACAGCAGAUACAGAAAGCACAAGCGGAGGUGGAGAAGCUGACCGCGGAGCUGGAAAGGGGCCGUGAGCUGGGUCGGGUGAUAGUGCAUGUGGACAUGGAUGCAUUUUAUGCUGCCGUGGAGAUGAGAGACUGUCCAGAACUGAAGGACACACCCAUGGCUGUGGGAUCCAUGAGUAUGCUGUCCACUUCCAAUUACCAUGCCAGGAGGUAUGGUGUUCGUGCUGCUAUGCCGGGCUUCAUUGCGAAGAGACUCUGCCCAAACUUGGUCAUUGUUCCACUCAACUUUGGCAAAUACACAGCAGUGAGUGAACAGGUGCGUGAGAUAUUCGCAGAUUAUGAUCCUCACUUUCUACCCAUGAGUUUAGAUGAAGCUUAUCUGGACAUCACUGACCAUCUGGAGCAGAGGCAGCACUGGCCUGAGUCUAUGAGAACAUAUCACAUCAGUGAAACAAAGACUGAAGGAGACACAGAAAAAACUAGUACAGAGGUUGGAGCUGAGAGAGAUACUCUUUCCCCUGUACUGUUUGAGGACAGCCCAAGUGCUUCGCCUACAUUACCAGGGGCUGAUGGGAAGGUGGAGGUGUUUGGAACGAGUCCUGAAGAGGCUGUGAGAGAAAUGCGUUUCCGUAUUGAGCAAAAAACCUCUCUGACUGCAAGUGCAGGUAUUGCUCCAAACAUGAUGCUUGCGAAGGUAUGCAGUGACAAGAACAAGCCUAAUGGACAGUACAGAAUUCCUCCUGAGAGACAGGCUGUGAUGGACUUUAUCCAGGAUCUGCCUGUUCGGAAGGUGUCUGGGAUUGGGAAAGUGACUGAAAAGAUGCUGGCUGCUUUGGACAUCAUUAGUUGUGCUCAACUUGGACAGCAGAUGGCAGUCCUCUCAUUGCUCUUCUCUGAAACAUCCUGGCAUCAUUUCCUCCAAAUCUCACUUGGGCUUGGCUCUACGCAUAUAGAGAGAGAUUCUGAGAGAAAAAGCAUGAGCACAGAAAGGACGUUUGGGGAGAUGAGUGACACAGAGGAGCAGUAUUCUCUGUGCCGGGAGCUCUGUCACGACUUGGCAAAGGACCUACAGAAAGAGGGCCUCAAGGGCAAAACUGUCACCUUGAAAUUGAAGAAUGUAAACUUUGAGGUGAAGACCAAAGCGUUCACGUUGCAGUGUGCUGUCUGCACUGAAGAGGAGAUUUUUGCUGCUGCCAAGGACCUUCUGAAGGCUGAGAUUGAUCAUGUCAGCCCUCAGCCACUGAGACUGAGACUAAUGGGUGUUCGGGUCUCAAGUUUUAUCAGUACUGAUGACAAACGGCCCCAGCAGAAGAGCAUAGUGGGUUUUCUGAAGAUAGCGUCAGAUUCCAGCAGUUCAAGACAACCACCCAGAGUUUUUUUCAGACCUGAAGAGGGCAGUGUGUCUGAGUCUAGUGUCAGUUCUCUGAAGCAACAAUCUGAGACCAGAAGUCCCUCAAUUGUAGGAGAAAUACCCAGGCUUGUCAGUAAGUUGGGGAACGAAUCUGAGGGUACUAGGAGACCCCAGCAGCAGACCUUUUUCCAAAGGGCCCUUUCAAGAAGGUUGCAACAGCAGUCUGAGCAAGAAACCUCUUUGUCUUCAGAUGAACCAUUUACAGCCACAGACUCAACAGUAUCCCAUGCAUGCUCAUCAAGAACUUGUACAGAAAUUGACAGAAUGGUAGUUAAAACUGACACAAGCUUGCCUGCUACAAAUACAGCAUCACACAUAACUGAAUGUAUAAACAUGCAGUCAUUAGUGAAAGCACAGUCAAAUACGCUGCAGUGCUUCACCUGUCCUGUGUGCUUCAAUGAAAUGGAAACUACGGACCUCAGAGUGUUCAACCAACAUAUAGACGAAUGCCUUAAGGGCAGUGCAGUGGACGAUGGGAGCACAUUCAUGGAUGUAGGUCAGGAUGUGUGUGAAGAAGAGAAACAAUUGGACAAACAGGAUCAUGUGGAAAAAGAUCAGCCAGUGUCUUAUCAUGCUAAAGCUACAGAUUCAAGUUCUGGAACCAGUAUGUCAUUGGAAAAUUUAAACAGAGGCAUGUUAACAAUAGCAGAUGAGGGGCAUUGCACCAGUUCCUCAAAUGCAGUAGCAACCAAACUAGUAUUUGAAGAUGGUGCAGAUUCCGAUUUUAGGACACCGUUUUUUAAACGCUUUACAAACAUGAACGAAAGGCGUUCACUUGUGCCUGAUGAAGCCUUAUCAAUGACUGAUUCUGGAUCUAAAGCCUUAAAACAGACUUUUAGUCCUGAUGCGGUUAUAAUGAAGGACGUGAAUGUGAAAAUCUCCACUUUGACAUGUCCAGUAUGCAACCAAGCUCAGGAUACAGAUGACCUCACUCUCUUCAACCGCCAUGUGGACAUGUGCCUUAACCAGGAAGUGUUGCUGGAGUUCAGAGAAGCCAGUCCCCAAUGUGGUCAGCCAGUUACAGUAUUGCUGGGAAAAGCCAAAGAUCAUGAGAGAGCUUCUAAUACAAGAGGGAAAAGCAAAAGGCGCGGAUCAUCACCAAAUCCUCCUUCAAAGAAAUCCAAAGCCAUUAGCACAAGACACACCAUUGACAAAUUCUUCAAGGGAAACAGCAACCAGACAUUCUAACAGAAUUUAUCUGAUACUGCUCCUACACUCAAUAAGUCCACACCAAGCAGCACAACUGUCAAUGAAGUAACGUAUAUUAGAGAAAGACUUUGGAUAUACUGUUGAAUUUUUACUUCUGGGUAAAAUAAUUUUAGUGAGUGCACUUUUAAAAUAAUAUGGAUAUGCUAUGUGGAAAAAGCUUAUAUUAUGUGUGUAUUUAAUUGAGACAAAAGGAAAAGGCAUUUUUGCAUAGUGUACGUAAUUGAAGCUAAACAGACUGGUUGCUAAGACGAUAUUUUUCUUAACAUUUUUAUUCUUAUGCUGGAAGAACAUAAUAAUGCUUUCUUACUAUUUUGUAUUUCUGAAAUUAUAGACACAAAGCACUUUACAGACCUUGCACAAUAUUAUCUAAACCUAAUGAGAAAUAAAUAUUCAAUUUAUUGGUGUUCACGGACCAGCAGCCUGGUAAAAGACCUCCUGAAUCUUGAAAGCUUUUGCUUUGUUUUGCUUCAGUGAUUCCAUCUGGCAUUCCUCCAGUAACAAGCAGUUUCUCCAGCCUUUUUUAUUAGACAUAUCAUUCAGUGUAUUCUGGUAAUAAAAAAACAUUCAGAAAAUUCAAGGAAGAAACCAUAAAGGUGGCUAUCAGUUCUAACUGAACUAGAAAGAGUAAUCCUUUGGCAAAAAAAAAAAAGUUUGUUUUUUAGUACAGUUCUUUCUCUUUUUUUGACUACAUUCGUGAAGUUGUUGAUUUAUCAGCUAACUCUCGGCUGAAAUCUGAUUCAAGAUUAAAUUUAUUCACCACCAGGUGGUGACACCUUCAUGGAUGAUUCCACAAUUAAGGUUUUUUAGCCCUUAUAAAACUGAAAAAUUAAUUCUCUUAAUUUUCAGCAUUCAGUCUAAAAAAACAUCAAUUUGACUAUUAAAAAAAUAUGUAAACCCAUUUCAGGAACAGUGCACUGGGUUGAAAGAAAGAGGGUUGACUUUUUUGUUUGUUUGUUUUUGUUUUUUUAGCAUAGAAGUAGCAAAUACACAAAGUGUGUAGCAUCCAUGAGAGCGUAAUUGGCACUAUCUCUCCCCCCAUCACUCAGCUCAGUGCUAGUCAAUGCAGGUAUCUUUUAGCUGCUGUAACAGAAUUGGCAGUUAGUGUUCUCCAAGUGUGCUGAGCUGUCCAAUGAUGAUGUGUUAGCAGCAGUUUGAAAAGAUGGGGUUUUGCUUUCCAUGUCUUAGAGGAGUCAUAUGUUAGUCUUCACCCUUAAACCUCGGUAGCAUUGUGUGAUAGGGGAGACCUAGCUAGCGGUUAUUAGACACGACUAAAUUAGGGAGAACUAUGGGGUUAACAAUGCAAUACUCUUCUUCUUCCCAUGAUCUUCAGGAAAUUGCAUGAUGUAGCUUCCUAUUAAACAUGUGGCAUAAUAUACAUAUUUCAGAGGAGUGAAUGUAGGGGUGGGCAGUAUGACUAUUGUUAACGAGAUAAGUUAUGUCACGAUAUGCUUUUAUUGUGGACAUUGUCAGUAUAAAAAACUGUUUCAUUACAAAGUGAGUAUAAUUUGGCCUGUUUAAUUUGAUUUUGUGCAAUGCAGUUUGUAAAACAUUGCAUAACACUUCAAUUAGAGGAUUAUUAUCAUUAUUAUUAUUAUUAUUAUUAAUGUAUUUUUCCAUGUGGCACUAUGGGUUCUCUUUUAUCCAUUGUUUCAACUUAUUUAAGCCUAGAAAAACUAAAUAUUUUGAUGUAUAUUGUGGGUCAUUAAAAUAUCUUGAAGUAUCGUGAUGAUA